AUGCUCAGCCUUCUAAAACAUAAACCUAGCUUCAACAAAGCAACACGCACUUUCACCAUGGCAUGGUAUUGUUCGGGCUCGACCAAUACCGAGUUGAUUGAAAACCUCUUCAAGGCCGGACUGAUACAGAAUGAGCGUGUGAAAGAGGCCAUGAUUGGAGUUGAUCGAGCCCAUUAUGCUCCAUCACGGCCGUACUCUGAUUCGCCUCAGCCCAUCGGAUAUGGGGCCACCAUAUCAGCACCCCACAUGCAUGGUCAUGCAUGUGAGUAUCUAAUUGACUAUCUCAAACCGGGUGCUCGGGUAUUGGACAUUGGAUCUGGCUCGGGCUACUUGACCCAUGUCCUUGCCAACCUGGUAACCGACCCUUCUGGCAACGCUCAGGGACAAGUGAUUGGUAUUGACCAUAUCCCCGAGCUGACUGACCUGGCUCGCACCAACAUGGGUAAAUCUUCAGAGGGAAGUGAGCUCCAAAAAUCCACCGCAGUCAAGUUUAUCACCGGCGAUGGUCGACUUGGGUGGAAAGAAGAUGCACCGUACGAUGCCAUCCACGUCGGUGCCGCGGCUGACACGCUUCACUCAAGCCUCGUGGAUCAACUGCGUGCCCCAGGCAGACUCUUCAUCCCUGUAGAAUCAGAGGAAGACGGAAGUGCCAUAGGUGGCCUUAACGGUGGUCAGUAUAUUUGGGUUGUUGAUAAAAAAGAAGAUGGUUCCAUUCACAAGGAGAAGGUUUUCCAGGUCAGCUACGUGCCCCUGACGGAUGCUCCAAAAUGA